GAACUGUGGAGGGGAAUAAAUACCUGUUGCUUGACAAGAUGGUAAGUUGGUACCGCCAAGUCCAGUCGUGAACCGGCCGCUCGACAAGAAGUGGCAUCCAAUUCAGCAACUACGACUUUCUUCAUACUCAACACAAUGAUGUUAAGCUGGGUAUCCUGGACAGCCUUGUUCAUCCUGCUUGUAGCAGUAGUUCUGGGCUCUGCAAUUUUUCUCCUCCUUGCUUUGAGAUUAUAUGUAUACCUCAGUCUAGGAGUAUGCAAAAGCAAAAGUAAGAUGAAUGGAAAAACUGCCAUAAUUACUGGCUGUACCUCUGGAAUUGGGAAAGAGACAGCAAGAGAUUUCGCUAAACGAGGAGCUCGGGUUAUCAUGGCCUGCAGAAACGUGCAGAAUGCCAAUAAAAUAAAAGAUGAACUAAUAAAGGAAACAGGCAAUGAAAAUAUCGUAGUUCGUAAACUGGAUCUAUCGUCAUUGCAGUCAGUGCGUGAAUUUGCCAAGCAAAUAAAUAAUGAAGAAAAAAGUUUAGAUGUAUUGGUUCACAAUGCAGGUACUGCAGAAACUUUCACAAAGAAAGUCUCAGAAGAUGGUCUCGAACUCACAAUGGCCACUAAUCAUUAUGGGCCGUUCCUCUUAACACAUCUUUUAAUUGAUUUAUUGAAAAAAUCCGCUCCAAGCCGCAUAGUAGUUGUAGCUUCUGAACUAUACAGACUGUCAACCUUGAAUUUGGAGAACCCCAAUCCAGUAGACACUUUCCCAGCCUACUUGUACUACGUUUCGAAAUACGCCAACAUUGUUUUCACUUUGGAACUGGCACGUCGUCUUGAAGGCACGAAUGUGACAGCAAAUUGCCUUCAUCCAGGAAUGAUCGACAGUGGCAUUUGGAGAAGUGUGCCAGCUCCAUUAUCUUGGGGCCUAAGCAUCAUCAUCAAGUCAUUUUUCAAGUCACCAGAACAGGGCGCUCAAACUUCAAUCUAUCUUGCUGUUUCUGACGAAGUUGCUGGAGUUUCUGGAAAAUAUUUCCUGGACUGUCAUGAAUCUUGGUUGUCAUCAGGAGUCUCGGACGCCGCAAAAGGAAAGAAAUUCUGGGAAUUGAGUGAAGGUUUGGCAAAACUCCAACCAAGCGAUCCGAAGAUAUAAAAAAAAAUCUCAUAUUUAAAUUCCGCCCAUAAAAGACUUCGUCAUACAGUUCAUCUACUGAACGUAUGACUUUAGCUUAAAAAUGUUAAAAAAAAUUGUUUUUAUACUCAAGUUAAUGAAACCAAUAAAUAUGGUUGUUUUUUUUU